AUGGGCAGUUCUUCAUCUAAAGCAGCCCGUAAGCUACCCAAGGAAAAACCAUCAUGGGCAGGUUCUCGUACACCCUUGAAACCAGACGGCGCUCAAGAAAUACGACGUCCAAGACCACUGGCGUUUGAAAAUAAGACUGAUGCGGUCGAGGCCGAUGCAAAAGACCCGCAGUUUAUGUUCAAGCUAAACCAGCUAGGCCCUGUGCGCGUCGACCACCACAUGCGGUCCGUCCGACCAACAGACUAUGUUCAGCAGAUGCAUCGUUCUCGCCUUCAGUCUGAAAUGGAGGCUUCUCCGUCACAUUCCACUCGAAAUCGCUUACUGGCCUCAUCGCUGAGCGAAUUAUUGGAGUCUCGGAAAACAGUCAAAUCUCAAGCAGAACUUCAGGCCUUAGCAGAGCAGUAUCAUAUCGACGUUACCAAGCUGGACGAGCUCGCGAAGUUUGUGAACACGCCCUCCAUUGACGAAAGCACCAUAGUAAAGAGCACGAACCAGGAAGGGGAGGAAACUCUGACAAUGAUGGCUCGCUGGGUCGACCCAAAACUUGAAACGUGA